AUGAAAAAUCAAUCAAAGAUCAAUCAAAGAUCAAUCAAAGAUCAAUCAAAGAUCAAUCAAAGAUCAAUCAAAGAUCAAUCAAAGAUCAAUCAAAGAUCAAUCAAAGAUCAAUCAAAGAUCAAUCAAAGAUCAAUCAAAGAUCAAUCAAAGAUCAAUCAAAGAUCAAUCAAAGAUCAAUCAAAGAUCAAUCAAAGAUCAAUCAAAGAUCAAUCAAAGAUCAAUCAAAGAUCAAUCAAAGAUCAAUCAAAGAUCAAUCAAAGAUCAAUCAAAGAUCAAUCAAAGAUCAAUCAAAGAUCAAUCAAAGAUCAAUCAAAGAUCAAUCAAAGAUCAAUCAAAGAUCAAUCAAAAAUCAAUCAAAGAUCAAUCAAAGAUCAAUCAAAGAUCAAUCAAAGAUCAAUCAAAGAUCAAUCAAAGAUCAAUCAAAGAUCAAUCAAAGAUCAAUCAAAGAUCAAUCAAAGAUCAAUCAAAGAUCAAUCAAAGAUCAAUCAAAGAUCAAUCAAAGAUCAAUCAAAGAUCAAUCAAAGAUCAAUCAAAGAUCAAUCAAAGAUCAAUCAAAGAUCAAUCAAAGAUCAAUCAAAGAUCAAUCAAAGAUCAAUCAAAGAUCAAUCAAAGAUCAAUCAAAGAUCAAUCAAAGAUCAAUCAAAGAUCAAUCAAAGAUCAAUCAAAGAUCAAUCAAAGAUCAAUCAAAGAUCAAUCAAAGAUCAAUCAAAGAUCAAUCAAAGAUUAAUCAAAGAUCAAUCAAAGAUCAAUCAAAGAUCAAUCAAAGAUCAAUCAAAGAUCAAUCAAAGAUCAAUCAAAGAUCAAUCAAAGAUCAAUCAAAGAUCAAUCAAAGAUCAAUCAAAGAUCAAUCAAAGAUCAAUCAAAGAUCAAUCAAAGAUCAAUCAAAGAUCAAUCAAAGAUCAAUCAAAAAUCAAUCAAAGAUCAAUCAAAGAUCAAUCAAAGAUCAAUCAAAGAUCAAUCAAAGAUCUAUCAAAGAUCUAUCAAAGAUCAAUCAAAGAUCAAUCAAAGAUCAAUCAAAGAUCAAGAAAAAUCAAAUGA